UGGUAUAGACGUGGAAAGUCAAAUGAGUGAUGAAUGUAAAAUAGAAAGGCGGCGAAGUGAAGUGGCAUCUCCUGAUGUAGGUUUUUAAGCGAAAUUUCAUCCAUUCUUCUACUAUUCUCAUUAUGCAGACGGUUGUAUCAGAACUUGAAGACAUUACUUUGAGUAAAUUUCCAGCUGGGGGUAGCCCGAAAGACGGGGAAGAUGACCUAGAAAUCUUUGCUUUGGGGAGACACAUCUGUUAUAUCGUUGCAGCCGUGAUUAUUCGAGAGGAUGGGAAAAUAUUGAUGAUGAGAGAAGCUAAGGAAUCUUGUCUAGGGAAGUGGUACCUACCCGCUGGUCGCUUGGAAAAGAACGAAAGUCUAGUUCAAGGUGCUAAAAGAGAGGUUAUCGAAGAAACUGGAUUGGAAUUCGAGCCAUCAACAAUGAUUUGCAUUGAUACCGUCUUUGGAAACUGGAUUCGGGUGACGUUUACAGGAAAAAUAAUAGGGGGAAAACUCAAGACAAAGCCUGAUAAGGAAUCCUUGGAAGCCGCGUGGUUUACAAGGGAGGAUAUAUUUACGAAAUUGAAGCUGAGAGCUUACGAUAUAUGUCCUGCGAUUGAUGUUACUUUGCAAUGGCAUCAUUCACGUCGCGAUGAUCUGUUAUUUAGAUCUAUGCCAGUAAAAAAUCCACAACACAAAGUGUCAAUUAUAAUUUUGGCUGUUUUCAAAAAAAAUGAUGAAUUAGACGUUCUGUUGAGAAGUUCCAAGAAUGGAAUACCAAAGCUUCCCAAAGAAUUUAUCUCCCCUUAUCAUAGAAUUAAAGAACGGGUGACAGUCGUGUUACAAUCAGCUGAUCAACACAUAGAGUAUGAUAUCAGUGGGGUCUUGAAAAUUGAGCAUGUUGGCAGUCCACAUGGCGCCGCAGAUGGAAUGUGUCUGUCUGUCCUUGUCAAUUUGAAGAAAUGUAAUCUUGUUUCAGAGAAGUUUCAUUGGAUAAAUGUUUCUAGUGACUCUCUGAAGAGUAAGAUUUCUAAGCUUCUUGACACUCAAAGUUGUGUUUCCUUAAUAAGAACAUGAUACCUGGUGCUGCACCUUAACUGACCCAUAAUUCCUAACUUUAUCAGCCACUGAAUGAAACCAAGAAUAUAUUUAAUGGGUCGUUAUUUUAUGAAACACCAAGAAACUUGGCAAAUAAGUGCAGCUCAUGCAAUAUGAAAUCAUUAUACAGAAAAAACAUGGCAAGGGCGUGCCCAGGAUUGGCUGAAGGUGUUGCAGAGGGCAUAGGCAUCAUAUGGACAAACACACCCAUAGUCAGAAAUUCGAGUGAGGUUGGGUGUGCUCACCAGGGGAGGAUCUAGGGGUGGGCGGAACAGAAAUCUCUUUGGACCCCCUUUUUUGGGACUCCUUGAUCUGCCACUUCUCACCCCAUGUGUGUGUGUCUGUUCAGGUUCUGUCACUCUUGCAGCUAUGUUUGUCUUGAUGGAUAUGACCUUUGAGAUUCUGAGGCUUAAGAAAUGUGGGUUUUACACUUUGGUGAUUUUGCGAUUUUUAGAAAAAAAAAACUAGCUGAUUCAACAUAAUGGGAGUCGUUUCAUCACCAGCACUCAUGUUAUUCUCACUUGGAUAUCUUUCGUUCCUGUUCUAAGACUGGACGACAUUGCAAAAUACUUGAGAUUCAGUGAGUAUUGAAUAAUCAUCCCCCUUAUCCCCCCAACUACACCCAGUAGAUCUCUUCUAUUUAAACAUCUAAAAACCAACUUUGUUAAAGAAAAAAAACACCUUAUUAAAGAAAAAAGGAAAAUCA